CGGUGGGUGUGGACACGGCCGCUCCUACCAACAGCGCCAACGCGGAGCCCGGAGACUCAGCAGCAUCUCCUCUGAUCGGCGACAGCAGAGAUGGAAGGAGCACGGUCCUUCGGAGCUGGGAGAGCCGGGGCUGCUUUCGACCCGGUGUCUUUUGUCAAACAGCCGCAGACUAUCCUUAGAAUAUUGUCUUGGAUAUUCUCCAUUGUAGUGUUUGGGUCCAUAGUGAACGAAGGCUACAUUAACAUCGGGAGUGAAAGGCUGCAUUGCAUUUUCAACAAGAACAAUGACGCAUGCAACUAUGGGAUUACCAUUGGAGUCGUCGCAUUUUUGGCGAGCACGUUGUUCUUCAUCUUGGACAUUCACUUCCCACAAAUCAGCAGCGUGAAAGACAGGAAGAAGGCGAUCCUCGUGGAGAUAGGCUUCUCGGGUUUUUGGACAUUCAUGUGGUUUGUAGGGUUCUGCUUCUUGGCCAAUCAGUGGCAGCGCACCUCCCCCAAAGAACUGCCCCUGAACCAAGGGGCAGAUGCGGCCAGGGCUGCCAUCGCCUUCUCCUUCUUCUCCAUCAUCACUUGGGCCGGGCUGACAGUAAGGGCCACGCAGAAGUACAUGCUAGGCACAGACAUGACCCUUUUCGCCACGGAUCACUUUGACGGCAACCCGACCAUACAGCCGUACCCCACUGGGACCGGCGUGGAUGCCACGGACACCUACCAGAGUCCGCCGUUCACCGAGCACCUCGAUUCCAGCACGAAGAGCUAUCAGGUGCCGACUUACUAAACAGCCGCCAAUGUGUCCAAGCUGCUAGGAGAAUAUCAGAGGAAACAUGCAUCUUAUCUGUGUGUGUUGCAGUGUUGGUGCCCCAUAAGGUUUGUUUCUUUAUGUCUCUGCCUGUCUGCUGGCGCUGGGUAGCGUGAUGGUGUUCGUAGGUAGUCGUGCCGUGACCUUCUGUGAACAGGAAGCAGUAUGUCGGUUGUAUCUUCAUCUUCGUCCUGGUAGAACGGAUGCCAAGUAGGACCUUACUUUUCCAGAGACUGCUACAGCUUGGAUCAAGAGAUGAGUGUAACACUACAGGUUCCCUCAGACUACCCUUAGCAGAAGAUUUAAUAACCAGUAAUUUAGAUAUCAGGAAAGUCAAAGAAAGGAUGACGUUGUUCUGUGGAAAUCAGACAUGGAGGGCUCCUUCAAUCAGGCACGCCCAGUCAGGAAAUUGCAAAACCUGAUUAAGUUAAAUCCCAUUUCUUUUUCAAGAUGAGGGAUCUAAAUAUGAUUAUUCCUUAUACCCUGACUGCAUUGUAUAUGAACAGAUUAGACAAAUGCCAACGAGCACGUCACUUUAAUUUUCAAUCAAACAUGAAGUCAGUUUUGAGAAACCAAGCAAAAAUGAACAAAACCCUUAAGUGUCAUAAAAACGGUGCCUGUAUAUAACUUAAGGCUGUGCUAAGAGCCAAGACUGUUUGAAAUCAGUACAGUGAAGUACACGAAGAUGCUGAACUACUAAACUUCUGUGUCCUGUAAAUUCAAGUCUUUCAAAUAUGAAACUGAGUUCAUUAGGAACAAUAACAAAACUCCACCAAAAUAACAGUACUUGUGAAGCAUUCCAGCGAAAUAUUCACUCGCAUCGUCAUUAAGCCAUCAACCUUCGUCGUGUGACUGUUUGAUGAUUCGUGAAAUGCCUCAUUUUCAAUGAGCCAUUUUACACGUGUACACGUCUCGCUCCAGUGGGGGGCGCUAGCAAACUACUGCAUCAAGACACUCCUUUGUAGAUAUAGCUGUUCUGUGUUUUAUGACAAUUUAUAUACUCCUCGUGAUCAAAGCCAAUGACAUGUCCGGUGUGUAAAAGUAUAUGUAAUUACAGUAUUCUAGUUCUGUAUAAAAGCAAAAAAAAUGUUUCCCUUACUAUAGUACUUAGAAAUAGGCACGUGAAAGGAACAGGUAUGCUCAAUAAAAAAUCCGUACUAAUGUGA